CGGACGAUGGGGAUUACUCGAUCAUGACGGACCAUGAGACCAGCUCUCCUCUGCCUCGUCGCUCUAUUGGCGACCCUUGCCGGAAAUCGGGUGGUUGAGUCACAAAGAGCCCUGCCCGCGAAGCUCCAGCGAUGCUACUCGAACGACGGGCGCUUCGUGCCCUCCCUGCCCCUGAAUCUACAGGUCGUUCUGGACGUGCUGCGAAAAAUCGAGCGGCAAACCUUCACCUCCUUAACCAUGCGAACCCUAUCGACUGCCCUACUGAAGAGAUUCAAGUUGGACGGGAUCGUGUACUCGGACGACCUGCCGGAGCGCGAGGGUGUGCUGAGGUACGCGGCCCGUGGAUCGCAGCGCGCCAAGAACCUGAUGGUGGAGCGGCUGAUACCGGGUGGCGACCCGACCCUCGUGCCCGAGGCCUACCUCCGCCCGGACGAGCUGUGCCUGCUGCACUUUGCCCUGUCGAGCACCGUGUGGCAGCGGUACGACGACACCGAGGAGGCCUCCUGCAAGCCCCAACUCGCGGAAAGGUCCGCCAAAGAGAUGUCGUACAGAUCGAUAUCGACGCCGGCCGACAGGUGCCCCAAGGAGUCCGGGGUCGUUCUCACGCGGUACAACACUGUGGCCCUGGGUACGGUCCUCGCCGCCAUCGCCGCGGCUCUCGAGCCCCAGCUCGUCAAGACUCGGCUCCUACUCGAGCUGCCGGUCGACCCGGACCGAGCCGAGCUGGAGGAGGACGAUUUCUUGGUGUCGAGGGAGCAGGUAGUCAACGACCGGAGCUCCAUGUGGCUGCAGACCGUCGGCAUCACCGAUACCCAGAUCGACAACGCGUGGGCGGCCACUGUCGCAGGCGACCUGGCCGAGCUGGCCGUAUACCAGGGACCCCUGUACGAGAGCCGCAUGUACCUCGGGGCGACUGGCUUCUGGAACAGCACCAUCAGCCCCCGGGUGUUUUACUUUUGGCACGACUACGACCACUUUGACUUUACCCGGGCCGAGAUCAUUGGCGGCAUCGACGGUCUGGUGAUCGCCAAGAACCUGGACAAGUGGCUCCAGAGGUUUGGGAGCCUCAGGCUCAGCCAGGUGCUGGACAUGUAUUACUCCGAGGGAGGCGUCGUGUUCGACCGGAAGGUCAAGGCCUGCAGGCGGGCCGACCAGUUCCCCCUUGUCGGCCCAAAGAGUACUCUGGAGGAGCAGACGUACGCAGCUUCCCAGGUGUUGGCCUACCUGAACAGUAUCGCGGCGAUGAGCGACGCCGCGCUCCAGGGUAUCGUCGUCAACGCGGUCGAGCACUUUGUGCGAUACACGGAGCAGAGCCUGUUCUUGGAGGAGCAGUGCCGGGGGCCGGUCAAACGAGCCCCCCGCCUCGAGCUCGUGCUCGCCUUCGACGGCUCCUGGACGCGGGACUACACCUCCGAUUUUUUGGCGGUCCUCGUCGAGGAUUUCGACGUGUCGGCGUAUGGCUCGAGAAUCGGUAUGGUGCACGGUGAAACCGGACAAUGGCUGUUGAACGUCACCAGCAGUCCCUCCGACGCCCAUCGCGCGAUCUACCUCUUGAAAAACAUCGAGUGGCCCACCGAUAUGAAACUACACCUCGUUUUCGAGAGCGUCUUGGGCUACUUGGACGGAUUUUGGGCCGAAAAGCGUCACAGCAAAACCAUCGGUGACAUGGGCCAGGCAGUUGUAUUACUGGCGCCUCGGAUCACGAUGUCCAAGGCAGAGGUCGAUCUGGCGCUGAGCGCUUUGAGACGACUCAAGGACAGGCAUCCCGAGGUGUACUUUCUGUACUACACGUGCGACUCCAGGGUCGACGCCCUCAAGCGGCUCGUGUUAUCCGACGAGGAUCAGAUUGUGAAAACGCUGAGGGUCGACGACAUUUCGCGGCUACUUGCGAAAGUGCCAAUGACCUUGAGGCCGGUGGGGUGCAAUCCAAAUGUUCCCGGCGUUAGAUUGCAACUGGAAGAUUACGUGGAUCCAGGGGAGUCGAAUGUGUACAGAUUACACCCUGACCGGAGAAUUAAAACCAAGAGAGUCGUGGUGACGCUGCACGGGGUUGGUUACGGCACUUUGAGGGUAUGUUGGUGGAAUCAGUGGAGGGCAACGAGCAAGCGCACAGGGACGUACUGUAAAGCUCUGCCCCUUCACGGAGAUGUCUCUCUGUCGGAUUACAAUACGUGCGACGAGAACGGUAACUGUCCGAACACGUACAUCCAAGUUUCGAACGUCACGAGUCUGACCAAAUGUACAGAGUUCGGUUGCAGGUCACCCGAGCAAGUAAGAUACAUCAUACGCAUGGAGAAUUUUCAGUGCUCCGUGGCGAACGCUGUUUAUGCCAAUGUUUUUUUAACUGCUGCUGCUCUCGUGAUUUUUACCGCGUUUUGAUUGACAUAUUUUAUUUU